UUUCAAAUUGCACGAACAAGAGAUUCAAUGGAGAGUUUGAAGUUUGCUGUUAAACUCACAAUAGCUACUUGCCUCACAGUAGCCAUUUCCAUAUUCAUUACAAAAAGCUACCACAAAAUUCAAAAACACAACAGAAAAAAACAACAAAAGAAACAUUCAUGUUAUCUUAAUACAGAAAUCAAACCUCAAUCUUCUUUCAAACGAGUUAUUGCUGAUAACUCAUAUUCUCAAUUCAAACACCUCAAACUUAACAACAGCAAUGAGGAUUCUACGAAUUUGCAUCCGUAUAAGGAGGAGAUUACGGAGUUGUUGAAUAGUUCAAAUGUUGAAUUUUUGGAGCUUUUUGGUGGAAAUUUUGAAGAUUUUGCGAUGCGUGAAUCGUAUGUAUGGGUUGAGACUGAGUCUCAAUUGCGUGAGCUUGCGGAGGUGUUGUGUAAGGAGAAAGUGUUUGGAGUUGAUACAGAGCAACAUGGUUUGAGAUCAUUUCUAGGCUUCACUGCUCUAAUUCAGAUAUCAACUGAACAUGAAGAUUAUCUUGUGGAUACAAUAGCUCUGCAUGAUGUAAUGGCAAUUCUUCAGCCUGUAUUUGCCAAUCUGGAAAUUUGCAAGGUAUUUCAUGGUGCAGAUAACGAUGUUCUUUGGCUUCAAAGGGAUUUCCACAUAUAUGUUGUUAAUUUAUUUGACACUGCAAAGGCGUGUGAUGUGUUGUCUAAACCACAAAGGUCUUUGGCAUAUCUACUGGAUACGUACUGUGGCAUUGUCGCAAAUAAACUAUUCCAGAAAGAAGACUGGAGGCAACGUCCACUACCAGCUGAAAUGGUGCAAUAUGCUCGAACUGAUGCACACUAUUUGAUGUACAUCGCGCAUCGUCUUUCUUGCGAGCUCAAACAACAGGAUACUGAUAUUUGUGUAACAGAAAAUUCAUCACAUCUCAGAGACAAGUUCAGUUUUGUUCUUGAGGCCACCCGGCGUUCCAAUGCAACCUGCUUACAACUUUUCUCAAAAGAGAGUGAAACUUACCCAGGAGAAUCUGUUGCAUCAUCUAUAAUCUCCCGUUAUCAGAGUGAUCAAGGAAAUCUUAUGUUAAGUUCUGAUGAGUUGAAGUUCCAUGAACUCGUGAGGCGAUUGUGUGCUUGGAGAGAUUUAAUGGCUCGUGUACAUGAUGAAAGCCUGAGAUAUGUUUUAUCUGAGCAUGCCAUUAUUGCGCUUGCAGCUAAAGUUCCUGCAACUGAAUUGGAUAUAUGCAACACAAUAUCUGAAGCCGAUCAGAAUCUAGACUCUCAGAGUAGUAGCAGCUUAUUUCAGUCUCUUUCACCUGUAGUAUGCAGUCACUUGGACGACCUCGAGUACUUGUUUUUAGAUGAAACAGGAAAGAAUGAUGACAAUUGUAAGUUGAUUCUUCAGAAAUGCCUUGGGUCGGAUGGGAGUUGUCCUCUUUCUAUAUACAACUAUGCUCUACUAUCCAAAACUAGCUUGAAGAUGCCAGUUAGAUCUGCUUUCAAGCAAAAUGGACUGAAAAAUUCCAAGCAAUUUGCUAAGAAGGCUUCUCGGAAGUUGUUUGUCCAAAAAUUUUCUUGCAAAUCUCCUGUUUACCAUAAUUGUAGGAUUUAUGCAAAUGACGGAAGAUUAUUAUGUUAUUGUGAUCGUAGAAAACUUGAAUGGUAUGUCAACCGAAAUUUGGCAAAACUUAUUGAAGAGGACCCUCCUGCUAUUAUGCUUCUUUUUGAACCUAAAGGUCGCCCUGAAGAUGAGGGCAAUGAUUUUUACAUCCAAAGUAAGAGAAAUAUUUGUGUUGGCUGCGGUGAAGGAAAUCACUAUUUACGUUAUCGAAUCAUACCUUCAUGCUAUAGAAUGCACUUCCCUGAGCAUUUAAAGAGCCAUCGCUCUCAUGACAUCGUCCUUCUUUGUGUGGACUGCCAUGAAGUUGCUCAUGCUGCGGCUGAGAAAUAUAAGAGAAAGAUAGCUACAGAAUUUGGAAUACCACUUUUUGUUCAACGAAUAGUUGAUUCUAAUCAAAAUGAGAAUUCAUCAGAGUCAUCAGUGCCAAAUCUGAAUGCAGAAGAGGAAGGAGUAUCUCCUUUGCAGUUGCGUACAGCUGCCAUGGCAUUAUUACGUCAUGGACCAAGAAUGCCAGCUACGCGCCGAGAAGAAUUAAUAAUGAUUGUCAGGAACUAUUAUGGUGGACGUGAAAUUUCUGACGAAGAUCUCGAAAGAGCUUUGUCAGUUGGGAUUAGUUCUAAUAGGAGAAGGCGAUAUGAGAAAAGGAGAAAGUUAGCUUGCAAAGAUUCUAGUAGAAGUACCACACCAGAUGAUAAGGUAGAUAAUAAGCAAGUCAAAGGAACAUCUCCGCCAGAGGAAAUUUCAGAUAAUUCAAGCAACAGGGAAGAAAGUGCUUACAUUUUAACAAUAGAGGACAUGAAAGUUAGUGAUCCGAAUUUUGGGGUCAAUGGUGGGUCCUCUAUUGUUCACAACAGUGAUGUCCCGCUCGGAAGAGAAUCCUUAGUGAAACAUGAUGAUAUUCUUCCGGAGUCAUAUGUUGAUGAAAGCUGCAAUGUGUCUAAUGGAACUGCAAAUUCCAUUGAUAAUAUGAAUGUUACUGUACCAUCCAAACGAGAAAACUCAAAGCUCUCACUAUUAGGGCAUGGACCACAUGGGAAGCAAGUUGUUAAUCAUCUACUCAAGGAACAUGGGGAGGAGGGAAUUCGUGAAUUUUGUCAGAGAUGGAGACAAGUUUUUGUUGAAGCUGUUCAUCCACGCUUCUUACCUGCUGGCUGGGAUAUAAUGCACAGGCACUGAUGUGGCACAUAUUUUUGCCAGUGGUAGAAGAGACUUCGGAGAGUUCAGUGUUUACAAUCCUGGGAAAAGAGAUCCUGCAUCUGCUCCUGAGCAGUAGUUACGAUAAUGGCAAGUAACAGAUCCUGCAACUUUCUCUGAUCGAUCUCUCCGUUUCUCUGUUUAGUUAGGAAGGAGAGUGGUUAUUUGAUGACGCUGUCUUCUUGUAAUUUAGAGCUUGAAGCUCUUAAUAGAUUAUGCUAUAUGCCUUUUGGUUAUCCUUAUCUAUACUAAUUCGAGUUUCAGUCA